AUGACAUAUACCACAAACUCAUACAACUAAAGCAACAAAACAACCCUUAACCAGCUGCAUUCUGCAAUGGUUCGCGCUGAGAUAGACACUGGAGCUCCUUUCCGGUCUGUUAGAGAGGCUGUCACUCUCUUCGGCGAGAGAAUUCUUCUUGGAGAUAAUUACAUCAACAAGUCCGCAGAGAGAGACAAUGGAGAUAGUAAUGCGGUUUUCAGAAGCAAAAGCAUAGAAGCUGAGUUGGAUGAAGCAAAGGAGAAUCUGAAGAAAGCUGAAGAAGAGAACAAGGUUUUGUCUCAGCUCCUCGAAACACUAACACAAGAGCUUGAAACCACUAAGGAAAUGCUAAAUCAUUCACUUAGAAAAUUCCCAGAAGACCCUCAAGUCGACGAUGACCUCAAGUUCAUAGAGCAAUCCACGGUUAUUGAUCCGGAUAGCAUAACCGAGAUUAAGAUGAACCGGUUUGAUCAAAAUGAUGUGUAUGAUGAGGAUGGUCUGGAGAGGAGGCGUUCGGUGAAGUUUGCGAAUCCACCGUUGUUAACGAAGGUCAUUCAGAGCAAAGAUGAUAAGAAGAACCAAGCUAUAGUAAAGAAGCAGACAAAGAAGAUGAAGCCGUUGGUCCCAAUGGCUGCUUGGCUCUUUGCAAGAAACCGGUCACGUUAACCGCUUUUAGCGAUCCUUGUCUCGCGUUUAUACUCACGUAUGCCUUUACGAAUUCUGAAAUAAUAUUCCCAAAACUAGUUGUUCUUAUUUUGGGGGCUCGUUCGACUUUAUUUUGUCAUAUUUUUAUUUUCGACAUGUAACUGGGAAGCCGAAACUAUAAGAGGCCAUGACUACAAAAUAUUCAAAAC